AUCUGUUGUUUUCUGCUGCUCUGUCACUGCGUUUCUGCUGCCCCUCCCUCUAGCUGGGUUUGUCAAGUCGCCCAUGUCAGAAACUAAACUCACGGGGGACGCCUUUGAACUGUACUGUGAUGUGGUUGGGAACCCCACUCCAGAGAUCCAGUGGUGGUAUGCUGAAGUCAACCGGGCUGAGUCUUUCAAACAGCUGUGGGAUGGCGCUCGGAAGCGCCGUGUCACCAUUAACACUGCCUACGGGGCGAAUGGGGUGAGUGUGCUGAGAAUAACCCGCCUUACCUUGGAAGACUCUGGGACUUACGAGUGCAGGGCCAGCAACGAUCCCAGGAGGAAUGACUUGAGGCAAAAUCCCUCCAUAACGUGGAUUCGAGCCCAGGCUACUAUAAGCGUCCUUCAGAAGCCCAGGAUCAACGCCAGCGAGGAUGUAGUCAUUCAUCUGUAUGGUCCGGCCGUCACAUUGCAGUGUAACCUCACCACGAGUCCCAGCCCCCUUUCUGCCAGCUACUGGGUGAAGAACGGAGAGGAGAUUCCUGGCACUAGAAAAUCUUCAAACACUACAGAAUACAAGAUUUUGAAGCCCAGAGCAGAAGAGUCAGGGGAAUACUUGUGCGUGUUUGUGUUUUCAAACUCUCCUGUAGCCAACGCCACUAUAGAAGUGAGAGCUACUCCUGACAUCACCGGCCACAAGCGAAGUGAAAAUAAAAACGAGGGGCAGGAGGCACUCAUGUACUGCAAGUCUGUGGGCUUCCCGCAUCCUGAAUGGGUGUGGCGCAAGAAGGUCAAUGGAGUGUUCGAGGACAUCAACAACUCCUCCGGAAGAUUCUUUAUUUCAAAUAAAGACAACUACACUGAGCUCAGCAUCAUGAACCUACAGAUAAACGAGGAUCCUGGCGAGUACCAGUGCAACGCAACCAACCAGGUCGGCUCCGUCUCGGUCACAACCAUCCUCCGUGUCCGCAGCCACUUGGCUCCCCUCUGGCCCUUUUUGGGGAUCUUGGCAGAAAUCGUUAUCCUCGUUGUCAUCAUAGUUAUUUAUGAGAAAAGGAAGCGGCCGGAUGAAGUCCCAGAUGGUAAGUGUGCUCAAAGCCGCUUGUAAGGAGGAAAACAAAUUAAAUGAAAGAAAAUAAAAAAGCCAAAGCAAAC